AACUUAUCCCGCCUUAUGACCCUAAGCCAUUCUGUUGCGACUUUAAAUUGUUUUAGCAGAAUGAAUACCCAAAAUAUACUUACCAUCCAAUUGGAGCAGUCUCAAGAGGACGCAUCAGAGCAUACUGUGUCAUCAAAUGAAUGGGAACUAUUGAGGGAUAACGCCUUUAGUAGCAUUUCUGAACUUAAAAAAAUAAAACUUUCGGUUUAUAAGGAAAAACUAAAUUUAUAUCACGAGAAAUGCAAGAUCAAAGAUGACGUAAUCCUGGCCCUUCAAACAUGUUUAGAAACAUAUAAGAACACUAAUCAGAACGACAAUGAUCUGAUAGUUUUCUUAAAAUCAAAACUGUCGGAAAGACAUAAAAAUUUGGAAACAUUAAAGAAAUCGCACCAAAAUCAGAUCGCUAACUAUGAAGCUGCGAUUAGCGAGAAAAACGACAAGAUCGAUAUACAGGAUGCUAUUAUAAAGCAGAAAGAUAAACAAAUAGUGGAGUUAGAAGCAAAACUUAAAGAGGAAAGUGAUCUCUCCAAUGAAUAUAGAAAACAGAUUGCCUCAUUAGAAGCAACAGAAGAAGAAAGUGACGCAAAAAUGUUUGCUCAAGAAACUAUAAUCAGGGAAAAGGAUUACCAAAUCGGACUGUUCGGAACUGAGGUUGCGCCCAAUUCAGAAAGAGUCAGUUCAAUUCAAGAUCUGGCGCGCAGUUGGACCGACAUCAAAUUGAGCAACGAUAAAUGCAGAAUGCAAAACGAACGCAUUCUCCACUAUACGAUUAAUGAACUGCAAGAGACACUACGUGGUGAGGGUACAUCUGAGAUCAAAAUAAUUUCCCUGCCACGUAUUGGUCCAUUUAAGGUGGCCAUUGAAAAUGGAGCAAAUGGCUCCGGCUGGAUGGUCAUACAGCGUCGUGUUUAUAAAAUGAUGGACUUUAAUCAAGGCUGGUUUUCCUAUGUCGAUGGUUUUGGUAACUUGGAUGAAGAUUUUUGGUUAGGCCUGGACAAGAUACACGCAAUGACAAAAGGUCAACUGUACGAGCUUUACAUUCAUCUAGUAUUUUCGAAUAAUGAGACACGAUACGCCUAUUAUGAUAAUUUUGCCAUAUCUGGUAAAAGUGAUGAUUAUAAGCUGAGAUCGCUUGGGAAUUAUUUUGGAAAUGCGGGUGAUGGAUUACGCACACAUGAGCAACAUAUAUUCAAGACAAUCAGAUACGUUACAACAAACUCCGUGGAAUACAAUCGCUGGUGGCAGCACGAAUACCCGAACUGUAAUCUGAACGGGGCAUUCAAUGAGAAAAGUGAAUUUGGUGUUUGGUGGUGUAGAGGCAACGGCACUUAUAAAUUUCUUGAGUCCGUACAAAUGUUGGUGAGGCGAAAGCAAACGUAAACAUAUAAAAGUCAAUAAAAAAUAAAAUUUUCACAGUUUUGUUAUAUCCAAAU